AAGAUAGGAGUCGUGUAUAGACUGACUGGUACAACCAAAAAGUUCUUCUUGUUCAAGUGGCAACUCUCUCUCUGUCUUCAGGUAAAACGUUUCAAAAAUCCAAAGCCCCCACAAAAACCAAUUCCCAUCUCUCACUCACUGUUUUCAUCAAAAUUUAGAUUCAAUUCCCCCAUUUUCUCUCCCAAUUACAGAGAAUUAGAGUGAGAGAGACGAAGUUUUUGAGAGAGUGGAUAUAAAGAUAGGAAGAACUGGAGCCUUCACAGGAAACAACGACUCAGUCCUCAUUGAAGGCACAACCGGGUAACGGAAAGAUCCGGUACAGAUCACCUUCAUCUGUAGAACUAGAAGGUCAAAAUUACUUACUACAACAACAACAAGAUCAUCAUCACAAUAAUCAUAAUAAUCAAGUAGUAGAUUCAUUAGAUCUAGAUUCACAAUUAGAUAAAAUGUUGAAAAGAACAAGACAAGAAUCAUUCUCAGAUAAGAUCCAUAAAUACAGAGGUGUUAUUUUAAUUGUGUCAAUUCCUCUUCUUCUCAUCACUUUUGUUCUCUUUCUUAUGCCCCAUUCUUCCUCUGAUGCCCUCAUUACUAAUCGUUUCGUCACUCCUAACCAUCGCGGUGGUAGUAGAUCAUAUGCUGUCAUCUUUGAUGCUGGUAGUUCUGGUAGUAGAGUUCAUGUUUACUGUUUUGAUAAUGAUUUGAAUCUCGUCCCCAUUGGCAAAGAACUCGAACUUUUCGUACAGAAAAAACCGGGUUUGAGUGCAUAUGCCAGUGAUCCUCGUGAAGCGGCAGAAUCACUUCAGUCGCUACUUGAGCAAGCUGAGAAUUCUGUACCAAAAGAGCUUCGUAGUAAAACACCAGUUAGAGUUGGGGCGACAGCAGGUCUGAGGCAACUAGAAGGUGAUGCAUCUGAUAGGAUUUUGCAGUCGGUGAGGGAUUAUCUUCAAGAGAAGAGUGCAUUGAAAUCACAACCUGAUUGGGUCACAGUUCUGGAUGGAACUCAGGAAGGUGCUUUUCAGUGGGUCACCAUAAACUAUCUGCUUGGGAAUUUAGGAAAGGAAUACUCAAACACAGUUGGAGUCGUUGAUCUUGGUGGUGGAUCUGUUCAAAUGGCUUAUGCUAUUUCAGAGAAAGAUGCUGCAAAAGCUCCCAAAUUGUCAGAUGGGGAGGAUACAUAUGUGAAGGAACUGUUUCUUAAAGGAACCAAAUAUUACCUUUAUGUUCACAGCUACUUGCGUUAUGGCUUAUUAGCAGCUCGAGCUGAGAUUCUGAAGGCAGCAGAGGGCUCUGGCAAUCCGUGCAUCUUGACUGGCUCUCGCGGUUCGUACAAAUACGGUGGAGCAGAAUUUGAUGCAUCGUCUACUUCUUCCGGUUCCAACAUGAACAAGUGUAGGAGAGCAGCCUACAAGGCUCUCCAAGUUAAUGAAUCAACAUGUACUCACAUGAAGUGUACAUUUGGUGGGAUAUGGAAUGGUGGUGGUGGGGAUGGACAAAAGAACCUCUUUGUUGCCUCAUUUUUCUUCGACAGAGCAGCUGAGGCCGGUUUUGUUAAUUCCAACUUGCCGGUUGCUAAAGUCCGGCCCGUUGACUUUGAGGAAGCUGCUAAGCGUGCUUGUGAAACGAAACUAGAAGAUGCCAAGACUACUUACCCUCGUGUUGAGGAGGGUAACUUGCCCUAUAUAUGCAUGGACCUUGUGUAUCAGUUCACAUUGCUCGUUGAUGGGUUUGGUCUAGAUCCAUGGCAAGACAUCACGUUGGUGAAGCAAGUGAAAUAUGGGAAUUCUUUGGUGGAAGCUGCAUGGCCUCUAGGGAGUGCUAUUGAAGUUGCGUCAGCAUCAAAAUAAAUAGAUCCAGAUUGAUACUUAAGCUGCCUUUAUUGUUCAGAAUUUUUUGUGACAAGGACGACGUCUAUUGCAGCAAAUUGGCUGUUGGUGCAUGACAACAUAAACCAUGCUUGUGCAAUGCUCCAAAGUCUCAAGUUUGACUGGCAACACCGUUCCGGUUCAUCUUCGCUCAGGUGCAGUUGCACCUCCAGUAGAUUUAUUUUUCCUUUUUUCUUUUUUGGGUGUCUAAUUUUGAGAUAUAGUAGAGGAGGGGAGUAUGAUUCAUUAUCCAUUUGUAAUUUAAUUCUUACACGAAAAUGUCAUUUUUUUUAACUUCAGAGUAAAUUUAGCGUAUUCUUUCUGGUAGGCAGAAAAAAUGAAAUGUUACUACGUAUCUCAGUUAAAGAAGAUUAUUGAUCGAGUUUUAUUUUC